CGACUUGUCGUAAUGCUAAAGAGAAAUACUUUCACGCGUUAUUGCCGUAAAUAAAAUUUGCAUUGAUCCAUACCCCAAUCAAUACCCACUUUCUCCCCUCUUUUAAUCCGUCCGUGUAAUUCGAUUCUUCGUCGCUAAGAAUACAUGUAACUCUCGUUGUCUCUAUAAAAUGCCUCUUCAAUCCCUCCUAUCUUCCUCCAUCAUCACUCUCUCGCUAAUCUCCAUCAUCACUAUAUCAUCAUCUAUGGCAGAAGCCGAUUCAUCUGUUCCCAAAUCUGUAUCAGCGGCAGUCCAUAUCGUUUACACCGAGCGACCUCAACACGAAGAUCUCGAAAUUUAUCACCUUCGCACCCUCUCUUCAGUCCUCGGAAGCGAGGAUGCAGCAAAAGGGGCUUUGUUGUACACGUACAAACACGCAGCUUGUGGAUUUUCUGCAAAACUCACUCCUGAACAAGUUGAAGAUCUUUCUAAACAACCAGGUGUUCUCCAGGUGGUCGAAAGCAGGACUGUGAAGCUCCAUGAUUCACCUGAAAAAUGA